AUGGGCGAUGUUCCUUCAGGCAAGGUCAACUCAUCUCGGGGGGCAGAAGGGACCACUCUGGCACCAGAGCCGGAUGCCUCGAAGCCUACCCCAGGAUCAGCUACCGAGAAUGCUGGUCAUCCUACGAGACCGGCGCAGGCCAACCAAUAUUCCAACCCUAGCUAUAUGGGACAUGGGCGAUAUGAGCCCUCGUCCAUGAUCAUGAACCAUAUGGCUUUUCCACUGCCAAAUCCUCAGUCGCAACCGUCGUCAUUUGAACCACAUCUUGCGAAUCAAUUCGCUCCUGCCCCUACCCAAGGCAUUAUUUAUCCAAUGCAGUCAAUGAGCCCUUAUCCCGGACAGACCCCUGGAGGGGUACCAUAUGGCAUUCCCUACAAUCCGGCUUACCCGCCAUAUAGCCUAGCGCAACACCCAGGAACAGCACCACAUGGUGGUGGUCACUACCCGUCAUACGUCGCAACGCCAUCCUUGCAACCCAUGAGCACCGGACAGGCCCCUAUAUACGGGAGUGGUUAUUACGCUCACCCUUUUGCAGCUCCAUAUGGACAUGGUACACCUCCCUUGACCGGCCCAAUCCAGCCACGACCCCAAGCGCGCCAGGGUUCACGGGGACCAUUGCCUGCGAACACCCCAAAAGAAGACAGACGACUCUCAGAAUUGGAUUAUGAUGUUUCGAAGACUAUAGUGGAUGGUUCGAAUCCUUCGAGACUGGCACAAGGUCCAUUACUUGCCGCGGACCUCGAAUUGCUGAUGUGUUGUGUGCUUCGCAGACCCAGUUUCUCCCCCCACCCCGUGUCGACCUCUAGCACCCCACGAGGACCACCCCGCAAACCCAAACAGUCCGGUAAUGCUCUUUGGGUCGGAAAUCUCCCGCCGGGAGCCAAUGUGAUAGAUCUCAAGGAUCACUUCUCCCAGGAUGCGACCAAUGAUAUCGAGAGUGUGUUUCUUAUCUCCAAGAGCAACUGUGCAUUCGUAAAUUACAAAUCAGCAAUCGCGUGUGCGGCUGCACUGGGAAGAUUCCACGACUCUCGGUUUCAAGGCGUCCGUCUGGUCUGUCGACUUCGCAAAGGUUUUACAGUUCCCGGGUCAGGGUCUGCGGGCCAGGCCCCUCGGCGUUCCGAGGAAAAUACCGACAUCCCAGACGAGGAGCCCUUGGGCGCCACCGAUUUCAAGCCCGUUCAACCCUUGGAAGAUGGGACUCGUUCAUCGGAUCGGUAUUUUAUUGUGAAGAGUUUGACUGUGGAGGAUCUCGAAUUGAGUAAACAGAGUGGGAUCUGGGCCACUCAGAGUCACAAUGAAACUAAUUUAAAUGAAGCGUUCAAGACCACUGAGCAUGUGUAUUUGAUUUUCUCGGCCAACAAAUCUGGUGAGUACUUUGGAUAUGCUCGCAUGCUCUCUCCAAUCAGCGACGAUGAAGAACUGGCGUUGGAGAUGCCGGCUCGACCGGAACCUGUCCCAGGCAAUACGGAGGAGUUGGAAGUGACACCGACCUUGGCCACCUCGACGGCUCCCAAGGGUCGGAUCAUUGAUGACUCGGCCCGUGGCACGAUUUUUUGGGAAGUGGAAUCGUUGGAGGAUGAACAUAAUGACGCCCGUAGUGAGAAAAGCGAGGCCCCGGUGGAGGAGGCCGAGACAGAUGGCCAGACCUUUGGCAAACCAUUCCGCAUUCAAUGGCUCUCAACUGGACGAGUGCCCUUCCACCGUACUCGUGGGCUCCGCAAUCCGUGGAAUGCCAACCGCGAGGUGAAGAUUGCCCGUGAUGGGACCGAAAUCGAGCCGACGGUCGGCCGAAAGCUGCUUCAGUUGUUCCAUCAAACCUGA